AUGACGACGCAAAUGCCCCAAUUCUUAACCAUGUUGCAAAUCCAACGUCUUCAUCACAGAUUUGCAGUCCCCUGCGCCCCGCUCACCCAGCCAUCUAUUCUGGAAUCUGCAGUUAAUGCGCCGGUGGAUAAAAAUCACUAUGAGAAUGAUCGCGAUGUGUUUCGGCUGGCAGCGAUCCUGGCCGAGCGAAUCAUGAAGAACCACGCGUUUCAAGAUGGGAACAAACGCACCGCGCUCCUGGCGGCUGAUAUGUUCUUGAAGGCCAAUGGAUACUACCUGAAGGAGAUUCAGUUUGCAGAGGAUUCGCAUGUCCAGGGCCUCGCAGAGGCGCAUGUUGCAGUGGUCACUAAAAAAUGGACCGCUGAACAACUCUGUGACUACUAUCGGUCUGUCGCGCUGCCACUAGCCUAG